AUGGACUUGAUUAUUACGAAGAGCAAAAAGAGGAGGGCGGGAGAGGGCCGACCUAGAAUUAGGUGGAGUGGCUUGACGCCUGUUAGUGGGCGGGAGUUAGAGGAGAAAGUGGCAGGAUUGGAUGCAGAGGAGAAGCGGGUGAAUAGAGAGGCCUACAAAGUAGCUAGAAAGGAGGCUAAGCUAGCAGUUACUGUUGCUAAGACAGCAGCAUUUGAGAGCUUGCAUGCGGGUUUAGAGAAGAAAGGUGGGGAAAAGAGGUUGUUUAGGCUUGAUAAGGCUAGGGAGCAGAAGGGUCGGGACCUCGACCAAGUUAAGUGCAUUAAGGGGGAGAAUGGUAGAGUUUUGGUGGAGGAUGUCCAAAUUAAGAAGCGAUGGCGGGAGUAUUUUCAGAGGCUUUUGAACGAGGAGGGGGACAGAGGCAUUGAGUUAGGAGAGCUGGAGCUCUCGGAGGAUAGACGUGAUUUCGGUUAUUGUAGACGCUUUACGAUUGAGGAGGUCGGAGAAGCUAUUCGCAGAAUGCGGAGGGGAAGGGCGACGGGGCCUGAUAAGAUUCCGAUGGAUUUUUGGAAGUUUGUAGUUGGUGUUUACUGGUUGAAGGAGAUGAAUAUUAGGUUGGAAGUGGUUGGAGCUGGAGGUGCAGCGAUGAUUCGCUGGUGGGGUGUUUCCAGUUUGACAGAAACAGUGGCUAUGUGGUGUUGA